UUUAAAUAUUUUAUUGAAUAUGUUAAUAUUGUUUUAAAUGUGUUUAUAAAGUAAUAUAAUUCUUCAAAUAUGCUGUCUAAUAUAAAUCUAGGAAUAGGUUAAUCAAUCAAUAGCUGCUUAGGUCUUGUGAACUAUAAAUGUUGUAUUGAAAUAUAAUACAUUUCUUCAUUAUAAAUUAUAUUGAUGUAUUUCAAAAUGAGAAAUAUUUUCAAGUUUUAUCAAAGCUUAUUAAUUAAGUAUCCAGUGAGAACUCAAGCAGCACAAGCUGGUAUAUUAAUGGGACUAGGCGAUCAAUUAGCACAGAAUUUAAUAGAAAGAAGAAAAUUCAAAGAUUUAGAUUUUAUCAGAACUAGUCAUUUCGCUGUUAUAGGUUUUUUUAUGGCUGGUCCAGCGACUAGAACAUGGUAUGGUAUAUUAGAUAAAUAUAUUGGUUCCAAAGGAGGAACCGUUGUUAUAAAAAAAGUUUUAUGCGAUCAAUUACUUUUUGCACCUACUUUCUUAUGUGUUUUACUUGUAUCUAUUGGAUUCUUACAAGGGAAUGACAUUGAUAGUUUAAAGCAUAAAUUAAAAAGUAGUUACUUUCAAAUAUUAAUGAAUAAUUAUAAGAUUUGGCCAAUGGUACAGUUAAUCAAUUUUUAUUUUAUCCCGUUACAGUAUCAAGUAUUACUUGUACAAUCUGUUGCAUUAUUAUGGAAUACAUAUAUUUCUUAUAUAACCAACUUAGAAAAAAAUGGGUAAAAGAUAAUAAAUUUAAAUGAUAU